GUCAGCGUCGAUUCGCAAGAGCCAGCAAUAUGACAUGUGAGGCUCCCAUGAGUUGGAACAGAAGAUUUCUUCCAAGCGAUCUUCAAGGUCGCGUGUGGUCGGAACAAUAUGGCUUCCAGUCAUGUUUGGCCUCCUCCAGCCAGGAUGCUCGACUGGACGCGGCCAGGUAAUUCAACAUUUUUGAACUUCCCUCGAACUUUCCAGGCUGGCCGCAAGCACCGUGUGGCUGUUCGCCGCUGCACCUCGUCGCCGUGGUCUUUCCAAUGUUUCACCGUAGUCGAGGGGGAGCGAGUGCACGGAGUGUGUUUGUUGACGUGCCUUUGAGUGAUCGAGCAGGAUUUGCUGCUUGAUCUGCCAAUCCCAGGGGUUCUCGUAGCAUCACGUGUGCAAGCUCUGUUUACCCACAGGACCGGAGUCCGUCCUGGGUCGAGCCUCCAUGCCGCGCUUUAUAUUGUUUUAUGACCGCAGGAACGUGCGCCUGGAUUGUUCGGAGGGGCGCUUGGGUUUUUUAAGCUUCAGGGUCCAACGGAGUACUUGCUUGAACUUCGUUGCCAGCGGGUGCGUGAGUAUAUGUUGCUUUCUAUACCACUCUCUGCUUCGAUGCUGUAAUCGACCGCUCGACUUGCACUGCUGCCCCCGAUUUCAGUUUGCAACGGCAGCGUACCAGAGCUGGCGCGAGAGCGAAAUUCGAGUUUCUGGCAUUGCCUUUAUGAACCCCUUCGGGUGCCGCCACUGA